AUGUCAAGACAAGAAGUUAACCAAACCACAACUCAAUUCUAUGAAAUCCACAAAAAUUACGAUUUGAUUCAGGAGGAGAGAAUUAAUCAGGUGAAUUUUCUCAUUCCCAAUCAAGAGAUUCAAAUUUCAUCAACUAUUCAUUCUAUAAAACUCUAUGAUGAUGCGAAGAAGGAAGUAGUAAUUAAUGAUGAUCGGAAUGAAAAUAUAAAUGAUCAGGAAAUUAAACAAUUGGCAGAGAAGGGAAAUGAUGUGAUGAAAGGACAAGAGGCUUAUAAGAAUGUUGAUCAUUUGUUUGUUUUGAAUGAAUUGCUUCAUCCUGAUGAGUGUUGUCAAAUUCUCUCUAUUGAAAAGAAGCAAAAAAAGCAAUUGGAUGAAGUAAAGAGUCUUUCUAAAGAUUUCGAAUCAAUUCAAGCAGAGUAUCCUCCCGAAUACAGAAAUAGUAGCCGAAUUAUUUAUAAUGAUAAGGAAUUAGCUCAAAGAUUGUGGAGAAGAAUGAAGAAGCACUUGGUGAGAUAUACAUUUGUUAGACCUUAUGGAUUGGAUAAUGGUGGACAUUGGAUUCCAGUUGGAGUGAAUGAAUGUUUUAGAAUGAGCAAGUAUGAACCUGGAAAUUAUUUCAAACCUCAUGUUGAUGGUCAAUUUGUGAGAAAUACGGAUGAGAGAAGUGUUUAUACUUUAUUGAUUUAUUUGAAUGAGGAUUUUACUGGGGGAGAAACAAGAUUUUUGACAGUUGUUAAUAAUGUGGAAGAAGGACAAGGUUUGGAUUCAAGCAAAAAAGUGAAGAAAUUGUCAAGAUCUGAUAAGAAAAUGGCAAAGAAAAAGUUUGCCAAAGAGGCAACAAAACUGAAUCGUUUCAAUGACAAUCCAGAAAAGAGUUUAAAAGAAAAUUCAACUUUACAAUUCAAACAUUUGUGCUCAGUUUCACCAAAAAUAGGAUCUGCAGCAAUUUUCAAUCAUGAUUUGUAUCACGAAGGAUGUCCAGUCACGAAUGGUAUCAAAUACAUUCUUAGAACUGAAAUCAUGUUUAAAAGAGUUGAUUCGAAUAGUGUUGUGAAAAAUAAGAAUGACACUAAGCUCUAUAACCAAGUAAUGGCCAUUCUCAAACAGAGUGAUGAUUUGGAAAAGAAGGGUAAAAUUUACGAAUCCACAGAAUAUUACAGAAAAGUUCAGGAUUUAUUAAUAAUGAAUGGUCACUCCAUGUCCUUAUUGAUGGUUCCAAAAUUUCAAAGAAAAUCAAAUUUUUCAGAUAAUCAAACCGAAUCUUACGACAAUGAGUUGAGUAUUCUUCCUGAUGAAACCCUCAACCACAUAUUCUCAUAUCUACAAGAUUCUGAAAUUUGUACAUUAAUUUUACCUCUCGAUAGAUAUUUUCAUUAUUUUGGAAGAAAUAAUCAUUUGUGGGAAUCAUUGUAUAUGCACAGAUGGGGAAAUAACAUCACUGAACUAUUGAAACGAUUGUACAGAAAGAAAAACUUAGAGCUUGGUCAACUAAAUAGCGUCGAUAACACAACAUCAAUUGAUGAAACUCCCACGCUUGAAAAUGAUCAAAAUUGGUACCAUAUUUAUAUAAUGAAGAGAUAUUUCGAGAAGGAAUUUGAACCAGUAUUUUUGGAUGUUGGAUAUGAUCGUUCUAAUUUGUCGAGCAUUAGUGGAGAGUUCAAAAAUGUGAGAUCUCUAAUGUACAGAACCAAAUUCUCUCAGUAUGUACAUUUUUAUAUUCGACAUCAUUAA